ACUGGAGUGGGUUUCUUUCCUUCUGCUGCACGUGCGAGGGGAGGGGUAAACACACACACACACACGCUCUCUCUCUCUCUCUCUCUCUUUCCGCCAUGCUGGUACGGGUCUCUGCUCUCCCGGCUGCUCUCUGACCCCAGUGCCUGAGUGCCUCUCCCCUUUGGCCGGGGAAAAACUCGGACGUUUGCCCGCUUGGAGGAUCCAGGAGGCGGCGGCGGAAAGGCUGGAGGUCGCUGCCCGGGGGGUCGAGGGUCCUGCCCCGCUGCUCUUUGGCCGGUGUCCUGCCCGGCACACAAAGGCCUAUUGGGGUACAUAUACCCACAGACCCCCUCACGCUCUCAGGUGGAGGCGGUGUGCGGCUGUGCAGGAGCUGUGCUGCUGAGGGGUUCUGGUGCUGUUUGGGUUCUGGUGGCAGUUCUGAAGGAUGCCGGGUGCGUGUCCGGCUCCAGGCUGCUGGUAAGGUUUCUGCUGUUUGAUUUGGAUUAAGGAUGGCCCACAGGAUGCCGACACAGGGCAAAGUGACCAUCGCUGUGGACGAGUACAGUUCCAACCCCACGCAGGCCUUCACCCACUACAACAUCAACCAGAGCCGCUUCCAGCCCCCCCACGUCCACAUGGUGGAUCCCAUUCCAUACGACACUCCAAAGCCCAGCGGCCACACACGGUUCGUCUGCGUGUCGGACACACACUCUCGGACAGAUGGCGUGCAGAUGCCGUACGGGGACGUCCUGCUCCACACAGGAGACUUCACUGAGCUCGGCCUGCCCUCAGAGGUCAAGAAGUUCAACGACUGGUUAGGGAGUUUGCCGUACGAGUUUAAGGUGGUCAUUGCGGGGAACCAUGAGUUGACAUUUGAUAAGGACUUCAUGUCAGAGCUGGUGAAGCAGGAUUAUUAUCGCUUCCCCUCCGUCUCCAAGCUGAAACCGGAGGACUUUGACAAUGUUCAGUCUCUCCUCACGAACUGUCUUUACCUGCAGGACUCGGACGUCACUGUCAAGGGCUUCAGGAUAUACGGGACGCCAUGGACUCCCUGGUUUAAUGGGUGGGGUUUUAACCUGCCCCGCGGACAGUCUCUACUGGAUAAGUGGAACAUGAUCCCAGAGGGCAUCGACAUCCUCAUGACCCACGGACCCCCCCUUGGUUUCCGUGACUGGGUGCCUAAAGAGCUGCAGCGUGUGGGGUGUGUGGAGCUGCUGAACACGGUGCAGCGACGAGUACGGCCAAAGCUACAUGCCUUCGGGGGAAUACACGAAGGCUACGGCAUCAUGACAGACGGGUACACAACAUUUAUCAACGCCUCGACCUGCACGGUCAGCUUUCAGCCCACAAACCCCCCCAUCGUCUUCGACCUCCCCAACCCCUCCAGCUCAUGAGAUGCUGUUUGCUCUGGGUUUUUAUUUCACAACAAUAAUAAUAAUAAUAAUAUUCUAUAAGUGAAGCGCUCAGUCUUUUGUAAGCUGUUCUGUGGAAGGUGACGUCAGUGGGUGAAAGUGUUGGGUGGGAUAAAGACUGGAAAACAUCACAAAAAAGAGGAAAUCUGUAAGAUACAUUUGUGAAUUUGUACAAUUUUGUUUGUUUAUUUUUUUUGUUUUCAGAACACUUUGAUAUCGGAUGCCAUUGUUCAUUCUGUGUUCUAUUGAGGAUAAUUAAGCUUUCUUUUGGCUGACAGGGAAACUGCCUUAAACUAGCUUUAACCCCCAGCUAGGACUCCCUCCUUUCCGCUAGCAGAGAAAGCCUCAUAUUUAUUAAACCGGGUUUGUUUUGAAGACGCUUCUGUACGAGAGCAGAGUGACAUUUGUGGCAUUUUACACAAAGUUCUGGAGUUGAUUGUCUGCUUAGAAAUUGGGAAAUGUCUUAAAAAAAAGGAUUAUCUGUGUGUGAGUGUGUGUGAGUGUGUGUGUGUGUGUGUGUGCUGUAAAGUUGUUUGUUCUGAACAUCCUUUCAGAAGAGAAUUCUGGGUUGUUUGUGCAGGAGGUGUAAGAGUGUAAGAGUCUGUGCAUCAGUUCAGAAAUCUAUUUUAAUGUACUUAAUCUGAAAGAUUGCUACCUUCUCCCCAUAAACCUGCCUAAAUAAGGUUAAGUUGUCCUUGGAAAUGUUAAUAAUGUUAGUUUUGUGUUUUGAAUUCAUUUUUUUAUCUUAAUUUUUGCACUGUGUGUAAAUGCAAUCUUGCUAGCACAAAAAAAACGUUGCCAUGUUGCUGAUAGUUGUUUAUACUCUGUCAUUGUAAAACGCCUUUCUGCCUUUUUCUGUUUUUAGACUCGCUUUUGGAAAAAGAUUAGAUCUGCUUCCUUUCUCCCACUUUCAUUGUGAAAUAUUUAGCUGCCUUUAUAUGCAAAUAAAAUUGCAAACUUUUUACUUAAUAA